AUGUGCGAAGGGAGGCGGGGUGCAUGUGAGAGGCAGGAGGAGGGAAGGAGGGCGAGGGCGGCACCUGCAGCUCCUUGGAGAGCACGUGCUUAUCUGCAGCUCCUUGGAGAGCACGUGCUUACCUGCAGCUCCUUGGAGAGCACGUGCUUACCUGCAGCUCCUUGGAGAGCACGUGCUUACCUGCAGCUCCUUGGAGAGGACGUGCUUACCUGCAGCUCCUUGGAGAGCACGUGCUUCACCGGCAGCUUCACCUCCACCACCUCCCCCCCGCCUGCCCCCCCACCUGCCCCUCCCCCUGCUCGCUGUGCGCCGCCCUCUGCUGCCCGCCCCGCCUCCGCCUUCACUGCUGCUGCCGGCAUGCCUGCGGGCCACAGGGCGGGAGGGGGGACGAAGCAUGUGAGGGUGGGUGGGUGGCAGUUACGGGCAGGCAGCGGAGUGCUGCGCACACGGCAGCUGAGGCACAGUGCUGCGCACACGGCAGCUGAGGCACACCCUCUCCCAACCCAGCAGCACCACCAACCCCAUCGCCCCAUGCCACACCGCAUCCCACCACUGUACAUCCCCUUCCCUCUCCCCCCCCCCCCACCUGCGGGCGGGGCGUUCUCAGGGGUGGCGGGCAUGGUGCCGUCCACGGCCAGCCAGUGCGGCGCCACACUCACGUCCGCCGGGGCGCACGGCAGCCCCGCCUCCACCACCUGUGAUGUCAGGCACCGCGCACCGGGGGCAGGGGACAGGGGGGGCGCCCAGGCUCGCACGUGGUGA